AAGAUUGACCAGCAUCUCUGCUGUCAGAGCCCCGGCCUUCCUCCUCCUCCUCCUCCUCCUCCUCCUCCUCCUCGUCCUCCUCCUCCUCCUCCUCCUCCUCCUCCUCCUCGUCCUCCUCGCCCUGAUGGAUGAGACGGUGAAGCCGCUGAGGAUUCCUCCUCAGAUGUCCGUCUACGCUGACAAACACAACGUCUUCCGCCUGGUGCAGAGCUUGUUGUCCGGUCUGAUGAUCGAUCAGCCUGAAGAUCCGAUCGGUUACCUGAUCCGUCUGCUGCAGAGGAGCAGCGUGGACAUUCCCAGGGUCCUGCUGCUCGGCCCUCCAGCUGUCGGGAAACACUCAGUGGCCAGGAAGCUGAGUGCAGAGCUGAGAGCUGUUCACGUGACUGCAGAAGGUUUACUGCAGGACCAAUCAGAGCUGAGCAUCCAGGCCCGCCAGUACACACUGGCAGAGCAGGAGGUUCCUGCUGAGCUGCUGGUCCGCCUGAUUCAACAGAGGCUGAACGAGAUCGACUGCUUCAACAGGGGCUGGGUGUUGGAGGGGGUCCCUCAAACUCGUCUGGAGGCUCUGAGUCUCCAGCAGGCCGGAGUCAUCCCUGAACAUGUUGUGAUGUUGGACGCUCCAGAUGAUGUGUUGUUGGAGAGGAGUCAGGGGAAACUGGUCGACCCACUGACAGGAGACGUGUACCAUCGGACCUUCAUCUGGCCGGCCGAUGGCGCUGUCGCUCAGCGUCUGGAAGAGGGGAGGGGCCUGUCAGAGAAGCAGCAAUUGGCUGAGUUGCAGCGUUACCGCCGUGAAGUCACAGGUCUGACCUCAGCCUAUCAGCACGUCCUGAAGGUCAUCAACGCCGACCAACCGCACACUGACGUGUACCAACAAGUGCUGGCUUUCGUCCGGACUCGUCAUCGCUCCAGAACUCCCAGAAUCCUCCUGUUUGGUCCACCAGGGGCAGGGAAGAGUAACCAGGCAAGACUUCUGUCGGAGAAAUACAAGAUGGCGGAUGUGUGUUGUGGUCAGCUGCUGAGGUCUGUAGCAGCUGAUGGUUCCGCUCUGGGAGUAGAGAUCCAAUCAUACCUGGAUGAUGGAAGGCCAGUUCCAGACUCCCUGGUUCUGCAGGUUCUGGAGGAGCGUUUGAGCCGAGUGGACUGCAGCUGCAGAGGCUGGAUCCUGCAUGGAUUCCCCUUCGACCUGCAGCAAGCCAAGGGCCUGCAGAAGUCCCAGCACCAGCCCAACAGAGUUUUCUUCCUGGAGCUGACAGACGACGUUUGUCUGGAGAGGAUCACUCUCAGAGCUACAGAUCCAGUCGGUGGACAGAGGUUCCACGCUGUGAGUCGUCCGGCUCCGAGCGCUGAGGUCCAGAACAGACUGAAGACCAGAUCUGAGGACAGCGCACGCAGUGUAACACGCAGACUGAGUCAGUACAGGCUGCACACCGCUGCCCUGCAGUCUGUGUAUCCAGAUGCAGUUCUGAUUGAUGCUGAUCGGGAUCCUCACUCUGUGUUUGAGGCCUUGGAGAGCCGGCUGACAGCUGACUGACACCUGCACACACCUGGAUGCAGGUUAUGGACCCAGGGAGAGGAGGAACCGUUAUUUUAAAUGUUCUCGGUUUGUUUUAAAAGAAAUAAAUGUUUCAGCUUCCA